GGGAAUUGAAAAGGAAGCAUUAAAAAACCCAAAAGAAAAAGGGUUCCAUGAAAAGAAAACACCAAAAACAAAGGCUUCAAAGAGAAGAGUUUGAGUAAACAAACACUGAAAGGAAUUGAUAGUAAUGAGGAGAAGAAACCUUGAAUUACCUCUCUUCCUUCUCUUCUUCUCUUCUUCUUUGAAAAGUUGGUUCCUUUAUGGGUUCCCCAUAAGAGCCCAUCUCUUCAUCUAUGCAGGCUGUUCUAAUGAGAAAUACCAACAAAAUUCCCAAUUUGAAUCGAAUUUCAACUCCUUGCUAUCAUCAAUGGUGUCCUCAUCUUCCCAAAUGACCUACAAUGGCUAUGCCAUUGGCAAUGACUCCUCAGCCCAGUCUGAGGGAGCCAUUUUUGGGCUCUAUCAAUGUAGAGGGGACAUGGCCAUAACUGAUUGCUCAAAGUGUAUACAGAAUGGAGUGAACCAAGUUCACUUGGCAUGCCCUUAUUCUUAUGGGGCAUCCCUACAAUUGGAGGGGUGUUAUGUGAGAUAUGAGCACUUGGAUUUCUUGGGGAAGUUGGACACUAGUGUGAGGUUCAAGAAGUGUAGCUCGAGCUCGAGUAAUGAUGUCGAGUUCUUUCGAAGGCGGGACGACGUGCUUGGUGAUAUGCAGGUCGGGGCGGGGAAUGGAUUUAGGGUUAGUAGUUCAGGGUUGGUGCAAGGGUAUGCUCAGUGUUUGGGGGAUUUGAGUUCACAAGAUUGUUCUUCUUGCCUUGCUGAUGCUGUUGGAAAGUUGAAGAGCUUGUGUGGAUCAGCUGCUGCUGCUGAUGUCUUUUUGGGACAGUGUUAUGCUCGCUAUUGGGCAUCUGGCUUCUACCCUAAUUCGUCUGUUUCUUCGAGCGACGACCAAGCGGGAAAGACCAUUGCGAUCAUCAUCGGCGUCGUUGCUGGUCUCGCCAUCCUUGUUGUUCUCCUCUCAGUUUGCAGAAGAGCCAUGGAAAGCUGAGAGGAGAAGGGAGAGAUUUGUGCUGUUUUUGCUUUAAUGGAGAAUAUAUAUCAUGGAGAGAGAUGAAAGUUUCCCACCAAAAAUGUUUAUUAAAAAAUAUUAUUGUGAUGCCACUCUUAUCUUCAACAUACCCUUUUUCUUUGGGAUUGGGUCAUUUUGCUUUUUGGGGCCUCAAUUUUGAAAAUAUUCAUAUUGUAUGAUGAAUUGAAAGAAAAAAUUGCAAGUGGGUGCUAUCUUCUAGUGUUAAGUGCCACUCUCUAAAUGUCAUCAACUUGAAAAGGGCUGUAGAUUCCCUUUGAUCU